CCCGCCCCGCCCGCCGUGGACGAACCGUCCGUGCUGCCGGCUCCAUCCGCAGGCCGGCGGUGAGGGGCGGGCUCCCGGCGCCGCCAGCAGCUCCUCCCUCCUCCCGGCCCGGGAGCCCCCGGCGGGGUGACAGCCCUGCCGAGCGCAGCCGCCCCGGCCGGGGCUGCGGAGGCAACGCCGCUCCCCGUCGGCCCGCUCGCUGCCGGGACCAGCGGGGCGGGAUCCGCCGCCCCCGCGCCCGCCAUGUGGAAGCUCAACAAGAGCAGCAAAGUUCUGCUGGACGACUCGCCCGAGGAGGAGGAGACUCAUCCCCGCGGGCCGCCGCCCGCCGCCGCCGCCGCCUUCGCGGCCCCCCAGGUUCAAGGUGCAAGUUUCCGGGGUUGGAAGGAAGUGACGUCCAUGUUCAAUAAAGAUGAUGAACAGCAAUUGCUAGCAGGAUGCAAGUCUCCAAAAUCCAAAGGAACAAACCUAAAGUUAAAAGAAGAGAUGAAGUCUGAAAAGAAGCCAGGUUUUUGGGACAGUUUGGUGAUAAAGCAGAAUGUUCCACCUAGGAAACCAGAUGAGAUUGAGGGAUGGGAACCACCGCAGAUUAGCACUGCUGACUCUACCAGCGAUGCAGCAACUCCUUUAAGUGACUAUGCAGCCUGGUCUGGCUGGGAAGAUGAAACCAAAGGCUCCACAAAAUACACAAACCUGGCCAGCUCAGGAAACAGUUCCAGGUGGAGUAUCAAAUCAGCUGGAAAGCUGGUUAGUAUUAGACGUCAAAGCAAAGGUAACCUUACUGACAACUGGGAAGAGCUAGAAUGAUACUGGUAAUGUGGAAUACUUUAUAGAUAAGAAGAGAAAGAUUCCAUGAUUUACUCAUAUAUUUAAACCAAAAUCAAAUUUGCUCGAUCUUGCACCUUUAUACAGUACUUUGUUUUAUUCAGAUUGUUACAAAUUUUUGCUCACCUGAUAGUAAAUUUUCUUAUUACAUUGUUAAAUAGCUAUGUUUUCCACACUGAAAAAAAAGUAGAGAAUCUAUUUUGUGCCUAUAUUUCACAUUCAGACUCUGCAGUAUGUUGGAUUGUUGGUUUUACAAAAAAAAAAGUAAUUCCUUAGUGAAUGUAUACACUGGUUGUAAAUUUGACUGCCUUAUGUAGGAAGUUCCACUAGCUUGAAGUCCUGUUACGUUUCUGAUGUUUGAGGGUCUCUCAAAAUUUUAAUUUUGAUGCUGUCCCUUUUUAACCAAGAAUACUGAUUUGUCGCUUGCAGGGAGAAUGCUUGUACUUUGUAGAUUGUUUUCCAAAUCUUCAGCCUCAGCAUAUGCUUCAGCUUGUGCACACAAGAUGCUUACUGUCACAAUGUGCUAUACGGUGUAUGAAGUGGGAAAAUACUAUUCUAAUGUAAUUCCUUCCAUUAGAAGAUUGUCAUUAAUAGUCAGGUCAAAUGGGUCUUCCAGAACUAGGGGGGGAUUUUGGUGAUUUUUUUUCCUGUUUGUCUGGGAGAUGUUGAG